UGUAUUCGUUAUGGCUACUCCCAAAGCGAUAGUUCUCACUGCCCUUGUGGCCGGAAUUCUAGCCGGGCUUUUGCCGGAGUCUGUUCAGGGUCAGAACUGCGGCUGCGCUGCAGACCUUUGCUGCAGCCAGUGGGGGUACUGUGGCACAGGUGAGGACUACUGUGGUGCAGGAUGCCAACAGGGUCCAUGUAAUGAUCCGGCCAGCACUAAUGACGUCGUCGUUGCUGAUAUCGUCACGCCGGAGUUCUUUAACGGGAUAAUUAAUCAGGCGGAGGACAGCUGUGUCGGGAAGAAAUUCUACACACGGAAUGCGUUCCUCGAAGCCCUUAACUCCUACUCUCGCUUCGGCAAGGUUGGGACUGCCGACGACUCCAAGCGUGAAAUUGCAGCUUUCUUUGCACAUGUGACACAUGAGACUGGACACUUUUGCUAUAUAGAAGAGAUCGAUGGACCCUCCAAGGACUACUGUGACGAGACCAACACAGAGUAUCCGUGCGUUGCAGGCAAGGGGUACUACGGCCGUGGGCCGAUUCAGCUAUCGUGGAAUUUUAACUAUGGGCCGGCCGGAAACAGCAUUGGAUUCGACGGUCUGAAUGCGCCGGAGACGGUGGCCAACGACGUGGUGGUGUCAUUCAAGACAGCAUUGUGGUAUUGGAUGAAUAACUGCCACUCGCUCAUAACUUCCGGCCAAGGGUUUGGGCCGACCAUAAGAGCCAUUAAUGGAGCUCUUGAAUGCGAUGGAAGAAACCCAGCAACUGUUCAGUCUCGUGUUCGGUAUUACACGGAGUAUUGUGGGCAGUUGGGUGUGUCACCUGGUGACAACCUUACUUGUUAGAAUGGAAAUCAUGUUUUACUUUUACAUACAGUAGUCUGUUUUAAUGUUUGACACUAAAUACUAAUUAGUGAUGAUGUGGAACAAAAUAAAUACAACAUAUAAAGAAAUAAAAAGGAGUCCUUUUGCUUUUGGUAUCAUUAGAA